UAUAAAAACCCCUUACUGUGAAAGCUUCGUCAGACAGUCCUAAAUCGUGUGUUAGAAAUUGUGUUAACAAAAUGUUGAAGAAAUUUGUUUGCUUCUUUGUGCUGAUUAGUGCAAUCGGACUCAUCAGCGAAUGGCCAAGCGCCCAUGGAAAUGCUGUAUAUCCAAUAGGGUCUCCUGAAUAUUUCUCAGCAAAUUCGUUCGACUCUGAUAAAGAUUCUUUAAAAGCUGCUGGAGAUUCAUUAGACCCCGCCGUAGAUUCAUUAGACUCUGCUGCAGAUUCAUUAGACUUUGCCGAAGAUUCAUUAGAUUCUGGUGGAGAUCCAUUGGAUGCUGCAAACGAUUCAUUAAAUUCUGGUGAAGAUUCAAUAGACGCUGCUGGAGACUCAUUAGGCCCUGCUGGAGAUUCAUUAGACUCUACCGAAGGUUCUUUAGACGCUGCUAGAGAUUCAUUAGUCUCUGCCGGAAAUUCAUUAGACUCUGCUGACGAUGCUGUAGACUCUGUUGGAGACCCACUAGACUCAGCUGAAGAUUCAUUAUACUCUGCCGAAGAUUCAUUAGACGCUGCUGGAUAUUCAUUAGACUCUGCUGACGAUGCUGUAGACUCUGCUGGAGACCCAUUAGACUCUGCAAAAGACACUUUAAAUUCUGGUGAAGAUACAACAGCCGCUGCUGGAGACUCAUUAGGCUCUGCCGAAGAUCCAUUAGAAGCUGCUGGAGAUUCACUAAACUCUGCUGAUGAUGCUGUAGACUCUGAUGGAGAUCCAUUAGACUCUGCUGGAGAUUCAUUAGACUCUGCUGGAAAUUUAUUAGACUCUGCUGGAGACCCAUUAGACGCUGCUGGAGACUCAUUAUACUCUGCUGGAGAUUCAUUAGACGCUGCUGGAGACUCAUUAGACUCAUUAGACCCUGCUGGAGAUUCAUUAGACCCUGAUGGAGCUUCAUUAGACUUUGAUGGAGAUUUAUUAGACUCAGCUGAAGAUUCAUUAGACUCUGCUGAAGAUCCAUUAGAUUCUGAAGAAGAUCCAUUAAACUAUGAUGGAGGCUCAUUAGCUUUUGAUAGAGAUUUAUUAGACUCUACUGAAGAUGCAAUAGACUCUGCUGGAGAUUCGUUAGUCUCUGAUUCAGAUUCAUUAGACUCUGCUGAAGAUUCAUUAGACUGUGCUAGAGAUUGUAUAGAUUCUGAUGAAGAUUCAUUAGACCCUGAUGGAUCCUCAUUAGAUUUCGAUGGAGAUUUAUUAGACUCCACUGAAGGUGCAGUAGACUCUGCCGGACAUCCAUUAUACUCUGAUAGAGAUUUAUUAUACUCCGCUAGAAAUUCAUUACACUUUGCCACAGAUUCAUUAGACUCUGCUAGAAAUUCAUUACACUUUACUAGAGAUUCAUUAUACUCUGCUCGCGAUUCAUUAGACUCUGAUGAACAUUUAUUAGACUCUGCUGAAGAUUCAUUAGAUUCCAACGAAGAUUCAUUACACCUUGAUGGAGCUUCAUUAGACUUUAAUGGAGAUUUAUUAGGCUCUGCUGAAGAUUCAUUAGACUGUGCUAGAGAUUGUAUAGAUUCUGAUGAAGAUUCAUUAGACCCUGAUGGAUCCUCAUUAGAUUUCAAUGGAGAUUUAUUAGACUCUACUGAAGAUGCAAUGGACUCUGCUGGACAUUCAUUAGACUCUGAUGGAGCUUUACUAGACUCUGCUAGAAAUUCAUUAAACUUUUUUUCAGAUUCAUUUGACUCUGAUUCAGAUUCAUUUGACUCUGAUUCAGAUUCAUUUGACUCUGAUUCAGAUUCAUUUGACUCUGAUUCAGAUUCAUUUGCCUCUGCUGAAGAUUCAUUAGACUGUGCUAGAGAUUGUAUAGAUUCUGAUGAAGAUUCAUUAGACCCUGAUGGAUCCUCAUUAGAUUUCGAUGGAGAUUUAUUAGACUCUACUGAAGAUGCAAUGGACUCUGCUGGACAUUCAUUAGACUCUGAUGGAGCUUUACUAGACUCUGCUAGAAAUUCAUUAAAUUUUUUUCAGAUUCAUUUGACUCUGAUUCAGAUUCAUUUGACUCUGAUUCAGAUUCAUUUGCCUCUGCUGAAGACUCAGUAGACUGUGCUAGAGAUUGUAUAGAUUCUGAUGAAGAUUCAUUAGACCCUGAUGGAUCCUCAUUAGAUUUCGAUGGAGAUUUAUUAGACUCUACUGAAGAUGCAAUUGACUCUGCUGGACAUUCAUUAGACUCUGAUGGAGCUUUACUAGACUCUGCUAGAAAUUCAUUAUACUUUUUUUCAGAUUCAUUUGACUCUGAUUCAGAUUCAUUUGACUCUGAUUCAGAUUCAUUUGACUCUGAUUCAGAUUCAUUUGACUCUGAUUCAGAUUCAUUUGCCUCUGCUGAAGAUUCAUUAGACUGUGCUAGAGAUUGUAUAGAUUCUGAUGAAGAUUCCUUAGACCCUGAUGGAUCCUCAUUAGGUUUCGAUGGAGAUUUAUUAGACUCUACUGAAGAUUCAUUUGCCUCUGCUGGACAUUCAUUAGACUCUGAUGGAGCUUUACUAGACUCUGCUAGAAAUUCAUUAAACUUUUUUCCAGAUUCAUUUGACUCAGAUUCAGAUUCAUUUGAGUCUGAUUCAGAUUCAUUUGACUCUGAUUCAGAUUCAUUUGCCUCUGAUUCGGAUUCAAUAGAUUCUUCCGAAUCACUCUCUGUUGAUGACAGAUAAGAAAUGAAUUAAAACUUAGAGAAGACAAUUGUAAAUCAAAAUAUUGACUUUGAAUCUAAAUAUAAUAUUCUUACCAGAGUAA